UGGCUAAAGAGGGCUGGCUGGCCCCCGGGCCUCCCACCCGUGCCCUUCCCAGGGAUAAGGCACGCUUCCUCCUGCCGCAGCUUAGAACCCCGCCGGGACGGCUUGGAAGGAGGCUCAGCAGUCAGUCACCUCUGCUGCCGGAGCUGGGGGGAUGGAGCCACCGCUGCCGAACUGCCCCAUGGCCCAGGCGAAGAUCAACGCGAAAGCCAACGAGGGGCGUUUCUGCCGCUCCUCCUCCAUGGCCGACCGCUCCAGCCGCCUGCUCGAGAGCCUGGACCAGCUGGAGCUCAGGGUUGAAGCUCUGAGAGAAGCAGCAUCUGCUGUAGAACAAGAAAAAGAAAUUCUCCUAGAAAUGAUCCAUUCUAUACAAAACAGCCAAGAAAUGAGACAAAUCAGUGAUGGAGAAAGAGAAGAAUUAAGUCUAACAGCAAAUCGUUUGAUGGGAAGAACCCUCACCGUUGAAGUUUCUGUAGAAACAAUUAGAAAUCCCCAGCAACAAGAGUCACUGAGGCAUGCCACAAUGAUUAUUGAUGAAGUGGUGAAUAAGUUCCUCGAUGAUUUGGAAAAUGCCAAGAGUCAUUUAAUGUCACUGUAUGGGGCUUGUUCAUCUGAGGUACCACCUGGACCAAUUGAUCAGAAAUUUCAGUCCAUAGUAAUUGGAUGUGCUCUUGAAGAUCAGAAGAAAAUUAAGCGAAGAUUAGAGACUUUGCUUAGAAAUAUUGAAAACUCUGAUAAAGCCAUCAAGUUGUUGGAGCAUUCAAAAGGAGCUGGCACAAAAGCUUUGAAGCCAACUACCUUAAAGCAAGUUUAAAUAGCUUGGGCAACUUAAAGGUGCAAAUGAGUUUCCAUGUAAAGAUAAGAAAGUACUAUUUUAAGUGAUAGAUAUAUGUAUUCCCUUGUAAAUGUUGGGCAGACCCAUUCAUUCUGUUUCAGCUGAUAAAAAUAUUCCAAGUGUCAUUGCUCUCACCACUGGAGACAUUUAUAACUAGAAAAUAUUAACUAUAGCUCUAUUUUUAAGUGAAUGUUUAAUGUCAUAUUAUCUGGUAUACCAUUAUUUUUGACUGUAUUUUGGGUAAAAACACCCAACUAUGUGAAAACAACAAGAAGUGUGUCGAUGGUAGCAGUACUCAUUAGGACUAUUUCAUCCCUUGUACCAUCUAUCUUGCAGUACAAGUCGACUUGGCAAAUAUAGCAAAUGAAAUCUUUUCAUCUAAAAUUUAUAUUAUAGGUUAGGCUAUAUGGAACAGCUAGCUGAUAUAAUUCUGACUCCUUCUGCUAGAACACAGACCAGCCCUAGGUCCUCUCUGAUGAACAAUAACAUGGAAGCUAAUUCAUUCAUUCAGCACCUACUCAUUUAAUACCUAUUAAGUUGGCGAUAAGACCCUAAGUCAAUCACUACUGAGUGCCUUAAGAGAAAUCCAAGAUAUGGUCUUUGCCUGUAAGGAGCUUCUACCAGCAUACCUGGCCAUAGAAGAGUAAUUUUAAUUCAUUUUACAAAUAUUUGUGGAGCAACUUCUAAGCUUAAGACAGGAUGGUCAUACUGUUAUGCAGAUAAAAAUGAGUAAAGCAUGAUCCCUGCUCUCAAGGAUCUUUAUCUUAAAGGUCACCCUAUGCCUGGGGAUAUAAUAUUCUAUGUUGGGUUCUGAGCAGUUUGCUUUUAUUCUAAAGAUAUGUUUGAAGAAAUUCCAAAGAAUGAAAUUUCCUAAACUAGCAUCAUGUGUUAGGGGGAAAAACACCAAUGUGAUUUUAUUCUAAUUUAUAUUAAUUAUCUUCAAUAUAGAAUUAUAGCUAAACACAAAUUGCUAAUACUAGUUUGGCAUCUUCCCAAUGUUCAGCCAACCCUCAGCUUUUACCUCCCCAUCUCCAAAUCCAGCAAGUGUGCCAUUAAAAAUCUAAUUUUAUUUGGUUGGGCGCUAAAUCUAAUGGACAUAAAACUUUCUGAAGAUAAAUAUGAUCUUGGCUGUGUAUUUUGGGAUUGUUAUUUAUACUUCAGGUCCUCAUCACUGGUAUAGAUAGUGGAAUUGAUUAUACUGUUUCCUUUGUUCUCUUAAAACCCAGCUCUGGUGAUAUGUUCUCCAUGAAGUCUUCCCAGAUAGCCCAAGCUAGAAGUGGUCCUGCUCACCUAGAAUUUCUUAUGCUUGUUUGAUCUUUCCUAUGUACUUAUCAUAUUCUAACUUUAUUACACAUUUUGGCAUACAUUUUUUAUACUUACUAGAUUGUAAGCUCCUUGAGGGCAAAGACUUACUUUUUUUCCCCUUUAAUCUUUGUGUCCUUAGCAUCUAGCACAUAAUAUACAAUAAAUGUUUAUUGAAUAGUA